CAUAAUCUGUGUCAGGGCUAGAUUUUUUUUUUAAACGCCCAGCGGGAUUUUUAAUGAUCUCAGCUUUUAGGCCUGCACGUCAUUCGUUCAACUAAAAUGUAUGACAGAGUAUACACACCAUAAGUCAAUAAGAUUAGUUAUUGGCAGCCAUAUCUCUAAUAGACUGUACUCUUUAUUUGUUAACUCUUAAAAUAAGAGUCUCUUUUUUUUGGAAGACCCUCGACAGAUAAAUAAAAAGAAGAAACAGAAUUCUACUCACGAAACAAUACGAAGAUUUAAAAAAAACAAAAACGAAACAGAUUUCUACUCACGAAACAAUACGAAGAUUUAGUGCCUACCUAAGCUUAACCAAGACAACCAUUUUGUUGAAAUUGACAGUGGGGUAAGUUUGCAAUAGAUUUAGAAUUCAAGAUAGAGCGAUAUUUCCCAAGAAAAGGGUUGAAGUUUGACUCAUAGAAGUCUAAAGUAUUGCUACACUUUGACUACAUUGACUACCACCUCAGGCUCGCUGUCUUUUUUGUUUUUAAACUUGUGGUCUACAUUAAACUAAACACUGAGAAUGUCCAGGCGUAAGAACGGUUUGUUUGGAGACCAAAAGUCUCAGCCCACAAAUGUUUCUCUGACUUCCUUCGCUGGAAACGACAAUGCUGGAUACGUCAACGACGUGAAUGGUAGCGACAAGGUCGGCAACGGCAUCUCUGUCCUCUCAGACUAUGUCCUUCAGCCCGGUGGGGCAGGAAAGAACGGGGAUGUUUUCUCGGAAUCCGGCAUACAUCCGGCCGGAGACGCAUCGUCGACGCCUAAUGGGGGAGCUCCAGCGGUUCAAAAGCAGAUUUCCACGGUGGAGAUGAAGCGAUCUAUCAACCUCUUGCACUGCACGGCCAUCAUGGUGGCCGUCACCGGACAUUCUUCCAUAUUUGUCUCGCCUUCUUCUAUCAUGGGUCAGACUGGCUCCAUUGGCUCGGCUCUGAUCGUCUGGUUAAUCGGAGGUCUCAUCAACGUAGGCACUGCCCUUUGCUUCGCCGAGCUGGGUACCAUGUACCCUAAGGCCGGUGGCCCGUAUUCGUACACCAUGAAAAGCUUCGGACCUCUGAUGGGAUUUCUGAUCAUGUGGGGUUACACAGUCCUGAUUGCCGGGCCCUUUUGGGCCUUUCUGGCAAACACAGCGGCUUUGUAUAUAGUAAAACCGGCCUUCCCCAAUUGCCAGACUGAAGAUAUUAAGACAGCGGUGAAUCUUUUAGCUGGCUGGAUCAUGAUCACGCUGGUCGUUCUAAACUGUGUCUACAUGAAGUAUGUCACCAAAGUCCAGACUCUGCUCUCAGCUUCGAAAAUCUUGGUGUUGUUGAUUAUAAUUGUGUCCGGUAUCUAUAAUCUGGCUAUAGGAAAAACGGAAAACUUUGACGCCCCUUUUGAGAACACGACAACAGAACCUGGGAAAUUUGCCGUGGCCAUUUUUUACUCCAUCUUCUCGUAUGGUGGUUGGCAGGUCAUGACCACCUUGUUGGAAGAGGUCAAGGAUCCUUCAAGAGAUCCUCCCAGAUCAGUGUACAUCUCUUUCGUUAUCGUCAUCUCUAAGUACAUCAUGGCCAACGUCGCCUACGUGACCUUAAUGACCCCUGCAGAAGUCAUUGCCUCGACAGCAGUAGCCUCGGAUUUCAUCAACAGGAUGUACAGUCCCCUGGUACCUCUAGUUUCUGUUUUCGUGGCGCUGACAUCCAUUGGCGCCCUCAACGCCUCUAUCAUGGGGCACUCAAGAUUGCUGUUCGCUGGAGCAAGAAAUGGUCAUAUGCCACAGAUCUUGGGCAUGGUACAUGCAAAGUAUUUGACACCAUGGCCAUCUAUAUUCGUUUAUCUUGCCUGGGGUCUGGUCAUGCUCUUCACAGGGGGUGUGACGGACAUGAUGGACUUCAUAGCCCUCUUCUCGACCAUCAUGGGCAUCGUGGUCAUCGCUGCCCUUCUCUACCUCCGGUGGAAACAACCGGAAGAAAGUCGACCCUAUAAGACAAUGCUGUUCAUCCCAAUACUCGAGCUGAUCGUGAAUGUAGCCGUCCUGGUUUUGGCCAUUUACCAAAAACCCAACAAAAUGGGCAUUGGGCUGGCCAUUCUGUUUGCUGGUAUACCGGUGUAUUGGUUUGGGGUUCUGUGGAAGAACAAACCCAAAGAGUUCACGGACAUUGUCGAUGGACUGACGGCUUUCGCUCAAAAACUUUUUCAACUGACCAAAGUCAAGAAAUAGUCAACGCUGUCCAUAGUCAUCAUUAAUAUGAAAGAUCUCAGCGAACGAGCAUUACUGUCAUUAUCGCUUUAACACUAAAGAACGAUAUUGAGUCUUUAAAAGACAUAACGUCUGCUCUUGUGUACCAGGCUUUAGAAAUAACAAUAUUUCCUUAUCAUGGACUCUGUGACUGGACACUGUGACUGGACAUGACAUAUAUAUCUUCAAGAAUAAAUCAACUGUGUAUAGUUAUAUCGAUAUACUGAAAGUCUUGUAUACUGAUUACCAAGACCUAUUGACAAGCUGUGAUACUGUGUAUAUACUAUAGUCAUUAAUAAGUUAAAACAUGUUUUAUAAGGCCACACAGAGGCGUCGCUAGAGUCAGUAUCACUUGGUGCGGUACACACCUCUUGUGACGCCAUUGCCUCCAUAUAUUCAUAUAGGUUGAUUUUUUUAACAAUAUGUUAAUUCGUCCUCUAUACUAGUAACGUUUGUCGCUUUGAAACAAACUGUUAUAAAUAAAUCGUCAUAGAUAUUUCUGUGUGAAGGGAACCAAUUUGAGGGUUUUAGAUGGCAAUUUUUUAAAGUGAACCUUAUAUACAUGUUAUGUUGUUGUAUUAUUAGGAUUGACGAGAUUGAGAGAAAGAGAGAGAGAGAAAUGAAGAGAGUGAUUGAAACAUAGAAAAGAGAAAGAGAGAUUGAAACAUAGAAAAGAGAAAGAGAGAUUGAAACAUAGAAAAGAGAAAGAGAGAUUGAAAUACAGAAGAGAGAAAGAGA